GCCCACCCUUGGCACUGCCGUGCCCAAACCUCAGCCGUGUACGUGCCGGGUUUGCCGUGUAGAAAGCCCGGCAAGUGGGUUCGUUUCAGUCGUUCAGGGGGUUGUGGGAGAGAGAGAGUGAGAGAGUGAGAGAGAUAGAGAGAGGCUAUAGACAGCACUCUUGCUGCUGUUCCUGUUGCCGGUAGACCGUCUACUCUCGCGCUGUCUACUGGUCUACCAUCAUGUGAAGUGUGGGUGGUGGUGGUGGUACCAGGCGAUGGUGGUAGUCAUGUGAUUGUGGUGGGGGUAGUGACUACAACCAUCCCACCCCCGUGAUAUAACCUCCCCAGCUACCAUCCAGAGGACCCUUGCCGGGGAGAUAGAACCCUUGCCGGGGAGAUAGAACCCUUGCCGGGGAGAUAGAACCCUUGCCGGGGUGUGUGUCUCUCUCUCUCUGUGUCAUAUCUACCAUCAACCAUCUCAACUAACUGCAGUUGAAAUUGCUAAUUAUGAAGAGUCCAUUGCUUGAUACCCAGGACAGUGCCCGCGUUCAGUGCCAGGGGAAGGGGAAGCGCCCGUAUAAAGUAUGGGACAGCGGGAGACAAGUUCGGAAAGGUCUGGUAGUGGCCAGCUUCAACGAACUUAUAGAGAAAGGUCGGGAGAAGCUGGAGCUCGGGGAGGUGCGGAUAAAGGUGGUCCUGGAGGCUGACGGCACGCAGGUCGAAGAUCCGGAAUAUUUUUGCACCCUGCCGGAGAACACUGUAUUCCUCUUGCUCAGGCAGGGUGAGCACUGGUACCCUGCUGGCGUGGAGGUCCUCAGACAAGCUAUCACUGCCAUUCCCAAGAUCGUAUGUGAGACCAUCUACACCCUGGGACUCCACGACGAAGCGCCGGUGUGGAAGAUUAUGGACCAGUACGGCAAGAUCACCGUUGUGCUUUCCUGGGAUCCCUGCCACCGGGGCGAACACCGUCACGGUACAUCAUCGCCCCGGAAGCCGUCCGCCACUGCCACACGGAUGAUAGUCAGCGGUGUCGGUGAGAGUGCCAUCCAACGCCAUGAAUACCUGGUAGCCCAGCCCUCUGUAGGCUCCACACCCUCACCGGCACCAACCAUCUCUCUCAGCGGUGCCAAGUCGCCGGUGCCAGCAGCCGGGGCGGCAGGCCAGGCGCCGGUGGGCACUGUCACCACUAUACUGAGGGACGGAAAGAAAGAAACGCUCAUAAAUGACAUUGGUCCCUCUAUCUCCACUGUACCACUGCCAUCUGCUCCUCAUCUACAGGGCACUGUGAUAAACCACGAGAGUGAGCACAAGAGUUCCUACAUGGGUGGAGGACCUGGGGCGACAGCAGCGGUGGUGGGACGACUCUCUCGCCAGGGCUCCUCGGUGGACUCCUCACACUCGGCCACGGUGCACGUGCACACGCCCGAGUGCUGCAUGUAUGGCCAUCCACACACGCCGCAGCCGCGCACCCGGGCGUCACCCACUGGCGACCAGGCCGAGUGCGACUUCCACUGCUGCUCGUUGCACGAGGAGGGAGGUCGCAUCCAGGCAAGUCACGUGCACCACCAGCAACACCAUGUGCACCACCAGCAACAUCAUGUGCACCACCACCAACCAGGGCCUCAGAUCCAUAAAACUGUAGCCACGUCGCCCAUCCAGGACGGUGCUCAAGACAGACGCCCAGGACACCAUCAAGUCCACCCCCCUAGUCAAAGUCCUAGCAGCAAGGCAGCUCAAGCAGGACCUCAGGCCACUGUGGCUGCAGCUGCGGCUGCGGCUGCGGCAGCAACAGUUGUACAAUCCCAAAAAGGUGGUUCUCAUGUGCGCUUCUUGGCUGACUACCGAUCGGCCAAUUUGGAAAAGCAGCGGGCAGAUCAAGAAAGCUCCGAAUCUGAAACGGAAAACACUACAAAUGACGAGGAAGCUCAUACAACAGAAAAGUUCCUCCUGCUCACUGAUCAACUCUCAGUUGACACCAAAAAACACCUCUCCAUUAAGGACAUUGGAGUAAUCCUCGACCGGCUAUCUUCCAAAAUAGUUGACGUAGAGAAACUAGAUCGCGAAGCCGAGGAAGAAGAUUGUUUUAACUGGACAAUCAAAGCCACAAUCCGAGGCGACACGCUGAGAGAACUUGGUGUGGUUUAUAAUGGUCACUAUUAUUCUAUUAGUGAACACCCAGGCUAUGGACAGAAGAAGGAGGAAGAAGAGGAGGAGGAGGAAUCAGCAGAUGCUAAGCAGGAAGAAAAGGAACCCGUCUGACUCUCUAAACUAUGUUCAAUGGACAAACUUAUUAUUUUGGUUCAUUGUUGACAAAGCCAGGCUUAGGAAUGCAGUAAAUCGACAAAAAUAUUUUUGUUACUUGUCGAAGGAGAGUAACACUGUUAAGAGAAAACAAGUUAGAAGUGUUACGUGCAGAACGAAAAAGGAACGAUUAGAACAGUCUUGUGAAUGAGUGGAAGGUUUCAAGACUUCCCUCACUUACAAAAAGAGAGGCAAACCACCCUGGGAUGUCUGCAGCAGUGCCGCAACAGCCGCAAGUCCUGUGUUCAUUUCUAGUGUACAUAAAUGGGAGGAGGCGCUGCUACUAUUGAUGCCGCGUGACAGGUGCUGGCUGUCCCCCCAGUGUCCUGCCAGGGCCUGUCACGCCUGUAUUUAGAAGACAAUCUUCAAGCUACCCUGCAGGCAGGCUUUAGCAUAGCUUCUCACCAUCACAUGUCACUUGUUAUAUGGACACUAAGGCAAAAAUGUCUACGGUAAAUCCUCUGAGUGAAGCAAUCACUGCCCAGCCCAACAGAAUCAAUGUUGAUACUGUCAGUUGAGGCGGGUGAGAGUGUCUACCCAGGGUACUGACAUAGUGUGUUUGUGUGUGUGUCCGAGUAAGACUUGCAAUGACUGUACUCAACUGUAUGUGGUUGCAGGGGUCGAGUCACAGCACCUGUGUCAUGCUGUGGGUGGUGUGCUAGCCCACUGCUCUCUCUCCCCACACAGCCAAACCUGAAAGUGAACCAGAUUUGAUUCAAAUAACAUACAGUACAUGGGAUACAGUAUAUCCAUCCUUUUGUGGAUUACAGCCAAACUGGAGAUAUGUAUAGAACUUGAAUUUAUAUCGCCAAAUUUAAAAAAAGCCUAUAUUUUAAUUCAGUAAAUGACUCUUCAGUAAGUGUUUUUCACUUGUGCCCAGGUGACACAGCAGCAGAAAGGUGGUGAGGUGGAUACUGACCGUUAUGCUCAAAACAACGUGUUAAAGAAGACUUUCGCUAAGAAUUUAUACAAAGUCCUCGAUGACAAUACUGUUGAUCUUAAAUGACAUAAGCAGAGGUGACAUUGGUUUAUAAAUGGGGUGAAAGUGUUUGUAUCAAUGCACUCUUACUACGACAAAAGAAAGAGGUCGUGUGAUAACGUUGUUCUACGCUCCUGACACUACCAACACAAUAUUUGUGUCCCUGUUCAAGACUCUGAGCCUUAUUUAUAACCCCCAAUAAUACUCCAUUUGCCAUGUGUUGUAAAUAAGAACAUAAUAAUUGUUGGGAUGUAACAAGUACGGUUCAGAGUACUUGCUGGAGAAGUUUGUUUUCUUUUAGAAUCGGAAGAAUGUGGCAUUUGGUCUGUAGUAGAUCCGGGGUGUCUUGGUGCCCACUGCAAGCGCUGUGCCUUCCAAUCAUGUACACUGAAAGCAAUUUUGUUUCCUUAGAUGAGGAACUGCGCUUGGAUGAAGUAAUGUCGGUACGGCUGUGCAUAAUUUUUUGGUGCAAGUUUUAUGGAUCUGUGGAGUGAUUAGAGAUUGUGGACCUUUGUGGGCUGUUACACACCAAAAAAAAAAUGAUCAUUUUCCCUGAAUAUUGUGAAUAUUUUUAAUAAGGACACAUACCAAGUGAAAUGUUUAAAUUUGUGUCUUGUGUAGACGUAACUACAGCCAAAGGUGACAAUGUGACAACAUUUGGUCUACUGGUACCGACCAGGGUUCACAUCUGACUACAACAAGCAAAUUCAACAGACAAAACUUGGUUUGUUUUAUUAAGCAGAUGUAUUACUAUUGACUUGUCAUUUGGUGUGGAUGGUGCAUAUUCUCAUUUGGCAUUUCUAUUUGUCUAAGGUUCGGCCUUAUUGGGUAACUCGUUUGAAACGAAAGCUGAAAAGGUUUGAUUAGAUCCUUCAUGGGUGAUUGGUUUACUCUCAGCUUAACUCAUAAGAGGAGACAAUAUUAACACCAUACUGAAGGAAUAUUCUUAACUGACAACUCGAAAAAUAUAUGAAUUUGUUAUCCAUAUUUGCUAAAGGAGCAUUUGCUAAAAUGUUACUUGAAGCAUUUGCUAAAGGAGCAUUUGCUUAUGUGUUAGCUGAAGAAGCAUUUGCUGAAUUAGCAUUUGCUGAGGUACCCUCAAGAGAGAGGGGCAAAAAUUGUUUGCUAAAUUGUCAAGAAAUCUUGUAUUAAACAGACCGUUGAGCAGUGAUCUGUACUGGCAAUACUUUAUUAUGGUCAGUUUGGAUAUUUUAUUUCUCUGGAGAAGCUGCGGUGUUAUUCUUUUAUUAUUAAUAUAUCUCGUCGCCAAGAAAGAAUGCACAGUGGUCUUGAUCAAAGAUAAUAUAUCAAAUAUAGUGUGAAUAAUUUAGGGGAAAAUUGUAGGAAUUUUUAGAAUUGUUAGGACGGUAUUUUAAGAUAUCAUUUCCAUAUUUGUAUGUUAAAGUAACUUGCAAGCAUUUGAUUUGCCGUCUGCUUACAAUAAGAGCAACCCCCCCAUUGUUUGGGACUCCAAUAAACGCUUUUGUUACUUGGCAGAACAAAUGUUAGCAGGAGUUUCUUAGGAUGGUUAAAGUCUGGUUAUUAAUAUAUAAACACAAAUACAAUAGUGUCAAUAUUGUUGGUAAUAUUAUACCAUUUUAAACAACGCACAGGAGAUAUUAAUAUGGUCCGGUUUGUGUAAAAUCUUUCAUUCCUGGCAACUUUUCCGUCACUGCUCCAGUUUCUCCCCUUUUAAAAGAUGUUGUGAAUUAGGUUUAGAAUAUGUCUUUAAUAUGUUCCCGUUUUCACAGUAAUAUCGCAAUGCCUAUUAUAUUAUUUAAUGUUUAAUGAGGUGGUUGUUCAGCUUAGUACUCUAGCUCUGACGAUCAAGUAGUUUAAGCCCUUGCUCGAGCAAAGACAGUUUCUAUGUCUCUCCAUUAAUACGGGUCAAAACGCACAAUAUCACACACACACACACGCCACUUUGCGUUUAGUUUAGCUUCUCGUGUUGCGUUCUUGGGAGGAGGAGGAGGAGGAGGAGAUGAAAAAGAUGAUGAUGAUGAUGGUGAUGAAGGAGGAGGAGGAGGAGGAGUGCUCUGCUUCAUACUGCCCUUCAUGUGAUGGUUGACCUCCUUCCUGACCACCCUUGAGUUGACCUCUCCGCUGGCCAGACAUUUUACCGUGCUCACAGAAACCUAGGCCAGUCCAUUGGUAAAUAACCCCAUUGGGUAAUGCGGUUGCAUUAGGGCGAUGCCCCAAGGGUCGGUUGAGAGGCGGGUCCACCGUAGUCACAACAUGGGGCCUCAGUCAUUGUCGUUGUCUCGUCACUGGUGCUCAUGAGCUGCUCUUUGUACGGAGGCAGAAACUGACUCUUCUCGAGACUAAUACGGCUUUGUUUUGAACUAGUUAGGAUGAAUGCGUUCUAUUGCUCUCUCUCUUUAGACAAAAUGUUGUGCAGUCAGCAUCUGUCAGCCUCAGUCUGUUGGCUUUUGUGACUGGCAGAACCAGUUAAUGAGUUACACACAUGUGCAACACCCACGUAUCUUUAUUGACGACUCAUUUCAUGAAUGAGUGAGUGUUUUUUAGUUAGCCUAGAGGCUAUGUGUUGAAGGCAGUGCAAGAUGAGGCAGUGAAUCCGUCAGCCUUGAAGAAAAUGGAAGAAAUGCCUUAGUAAUAAAGAGAGGUGUUGCACAUCUGUGCCAUUCAUCAACUUGUGGUGAUUGUGAACCCUAAUAAGGGAAACAGAUGUGUAGAGGUGCCGUGUGAGGCAGACAGCUGCUGUCUGCGCACAGGACAACUGUGUCACACAUUUUGGUGCCAAGUUGUGGCUGCUGCAAAGCUUUAUUCUUCAUUGAGGUCGUUCUCAAUAAUUUACCGAACGAAGCGUUUAUCGUUAUUUUAUCCCAUUUCACUGUGUUCCGCCAGAAAGUUGGUGUAUGUGGUCUAGGCUCUGUCAUUCCCCUUGGUUAGUGUCUGUGCUUAUGCAUGAGUACAUGAAGUGUCUUCUAUCUUCAUUGGACAGUUAUGCAUAGUUUUCAAUAUAA